AUUGGUGUCUAAUAACGGUUGCUAUAGCAUUUUCCGAGUUUCAAUUACUCAAGUGGCCGGUGGACUGAAGUGGUGGUGGGGUGGGCUGCCUUCGAUCACAAUCUCAAACCCUUUUGUGAAAUCAGAUUUUCUUCUCACGCCCCCCCUACAUACCGCUAUCUUUCCCUCUUCCCUUUCCUUACUCUCAAACCAAUCGAAGGAAAAUGUGAACAAAACAGUUCAAAUAUUUUUCACAAGAACUCGCCCACCAUAUAACAUAACACGCCUGCACAUCCUCAAGUUCACGCAGCUCAUUUCUGAUUGCAGCCAUGGCAGAAAGACUCCUACUUUUCUGGAUUUUCUUUGUUCUCUCAACCCCCGCAAGGUCUCAGCUUGACGAAUUCUUCUUUAACGGGUUCAAAGGUGCAGACAGCAACAUGAGCUUGAAUGGCGCCUCAGAGAUCCAAGACAAUGGCAUACUACGGCUAACAAACGAAUCGCAGCGAGUGCUUGGCCACGCGUUUUACCCACGUCGAAUCCAAUUCAAGAACUCCACGAAUGGUAAAGCUUUCUCCUUCUCCACCGCCUUUGCUUUCGCCAUAGUCCCCCAGUAUGCGACUCUUGGCGGCCAUGGCCUCGCCUUCACAAUCUCUCCCACGAAAGAGUUUCCGGGGGCCCUUCCAAGCAAUUAUCUUGGCCUACUCAACGCCAGCGACGUUGGCAACUUCUCUAACCACAUACUCGCGGUGGAGUUUGACACUGUACAGGACUUUGAGUUCGGGGACAUCAAGGAUAACCAUGUUGGCAUCGACAUCGACAGCUUAGUAUCAAACAAGUCUGUACAGGCGGCUUAUUUUGAUGGAUUAAAUAUGCAAGAUCUUAAUUUGCAGAGCGGUCAGGUAAUUCAGGCAUGGAUUAAAUAUGAUGCGCAAAAUAAUCGAUUAGAUGUAAAGCUUUCACCUUCAUCUGUGAAACCAAGGUAUACACUUCUGUCCUUUGAAGUGGACCUCUCAUCAAUUCUUCAAGAGUCCAUGUAUGUAGGAUUUUCUUCUUCAACUGGUUUGCUCGCCAGCUCGCAUUAUAUCAUGGGCUGGAGCUUUCAAAUGAAUGGAGAGGCUAAAAGCCUCUAUUUAGAUAAGCUCCCUGCACUCCCAGGGCCUAAAGAGAAUCAUUUGGGCACGAUCAUUGGUGUUUCUGUUUCAGGUUCUUUGUUGAUGAUUUUGGGUAUUGGUUUGGUUUUUUACCUCGUUAGAAAAAUCAAGAACGCCGAUGGAGUUGAAGUCUGGGAGCUUGAUGUUGGUCCACACAGAUUUUCGUACCAGGAGCUCAAGAAAGCAACAAGGGGUUUCAGAGACAAAGAGCUACUUGGGUUUGGUGGGUUCGGUCGAGUUUAUAAAGGAACUCUGUCAAAUUCGAACACCCAAGUCGCCGUUAAGAGAAUUUCGCAUGAAUCAAAGCAGGGUUUGCGAGAAUUCAUGUCUGAGAUUGCCAGUAUUGGUCGUCUUCGUCAUAGGAAUUUAGUUCAGUUGUUAGGAUGGUGUCGGCGGCGAGGCGAUCUGUUGCUUGUCUAUGAUUUUAUGCCCAACGGAAGCUUGGACAAGUGCCUCUUUGAUGAUCCUGAAACAAUUCUGAGCUGGGAGCAAAGGUUCAAAAUCAUCAAAGGUGCGGCUGCAGGGCUUUUAUAUUUACAUGAAGAGUGGGAACAAACUGUAAUUCACAGAGACAUCAAGGCAGGGAAUGUUUUGGUAGAUUCUGAGUUAAAUGGACGACUUGGAGACUUUGGUCUUGCUAAACUAUAUGAGCACGGCUCCAAUCCAAGCACUACCACGGUGGUGGGCACGUUGGGUUAUCUAGCCCCGGAGCUGACACGCACAGGCAAACCGACAACCAGCUCAGACGUGUAUGCGUUUGGCGCUUUGUUGCUUGAAGUGGCAUGUGGAAGAAGACCCGUUGAGCCUAAAGCGUUGCCUGAAGAGCUGUUCCUGGUGGACUGGGUAUGGGAGAAGUGGAGAGCAGGAGCAAUUCUCGAGGUUGUAGAUCCAAGGUUUGGGGGUGAGUUCAAUGAGCACGAGGCUGUUGUUGUGCUCAAACUAGGCUUGAUGUGUUCCUACAAUUCACCAAAAGCACGCCCCACCAUGAGGCAGGUUGUGAGGUACUUGGAAGGGGAAGUGCCCCUGCCUGAGGCUGUGGAAGCACCAGAUGCGUAUGAUGAAAAAAAAGUUGGUGCUGGUGGCAGUGAGUUAGAGGAUUAUUUGCAUUCUUAUCCAACAUCGUCCAAUUACGGGAAAGUGAGCAUGCAGUCAUCGGUCGGCGAUGAUAUAGACGCUGAUCUUGAAGCUGGUCGUUCAACCUCACCUCUUUCAUUACCCAGUAGAGGUGAUGCUAGAUAGCCAUGCAUAGCUUCAAGUCUUCUUUUUUGUUUUAUCUUUUUUCUAUUUUUCUGGGUGGGGGACUUUCAAUUAUACGGUUAGUAAAUUUUUGUUCGUAUGUAAAUAGUAGUCACCUUUUUUUUUUUUUUCCCUCUGGUUGAAAAUAGAUUAGUAGAAUUUGUUUUGUAA